AUGUCCCUUCUUCGUAGAUUGAAACAGAAAUCAUCAAGGAAGAGUGGCAAGGGUCGUCCUACUACUACUAAGUCGUGGAAGUCUGUAUCGGUAGAGGACCUAGAAGGAGGGGUUGCUGGACAGUUACUAGGGGUAGAGGUCUUAGACCCUAAUAAUGAUGAAUAUGAUCAACUUAUAAAUGCCCUUAAACCAACAACACAACAGGAAAAGGAUGAUGAGGAGGAGCAUGUGGUAAAGGGAAGCAUAUUAAAGAAGAGGAAAGCAUCUGAAGAAGUGGUAGAAGGCAGUAUACGGGGAGAGAAAAAGAGCAAGAACAAGAAGAAGAAGAAGACUACUGUUGAGGACAUAUCUCCUAUUGAUAGAAUAGAGGAUCUUAGUGAUAUGAAUGAAUGGAAGAGUAUAUCAUCAUCGAUACCUGAUGAGAUCCUUAUGGGUUUGAAGGGAUUGGGAUUCACUAUACCUACACAAAUACAACGACAGAGUAUACCACCAGCACUAUUACCAAUAGGUAAGGACAUAUUAGCAGCAGCUGAGACGGGUAGUGGUAAGACACUUGCUUAUGGUAUACCAUUACUUACUAAUAUCUUAUAUAUGGAGUCAUCGUCGUCUUUAAAAGAUGAUAAUGAUGACAAUAGUAAUAGACGUCGCAGGUUGGAUGCUAUAGUUGUUGUACCAACACGAGAGCUCGCUAUGCAGGUUUAUACUCAUCUUAUUAAGGUUGGACACUAUAUACCGCAUUUACUCAUAGCACCUAUCGUAGGGGGUAUGUCUAUACAGAAACAGCAUAGGCUCAUGCAUAAGGUACCCAAUAUUAUAGUGGCGACUCCUGGACGAUUAGCAGCAUUAUUGGGAUGUGCUACUAUUAAGGUUAGUGGUGAUGUAUUGGAUAGGGCUGAUACUGAGAUACAAGCAUCCGACGAGUUAAGGAAGAAGUUGAUACCACAAUUGAGGACAAUAGUGUUAGAUGAGGCAGAUAGGCUUGUUGCUGAUGAAGGACAUUUUAAGGAUCUUACUAGAGUGUUGGAUAUCAUCUAUACCACUACUCAAGUUAAUAAAAUACAGCAUUUGGUAUUCUCGGCAACUCUUGCAACGGAAUCAUCACAUAUUACUGGUAUUGUAUCGAAGAGGGAGAAGAAGAGGAUAGAGAAGUCACGGAAUCAAAUAGCAGGAGACAAGAUAACACGAUUAUUGAGUAAAUUACGAUUGAGGACAGAGAAGCAUAGAGAGGUUAUUGAUCUUACUAAAGGGGAUAGUGUUAAUGCAAAGGAUACAUCAUCAUCAUUGCCUGAUACUCUAACAUUCAAGGAGAUAAGAGUUAGUGUUGAUAAGGAUAGAGAGGCAGCUUUACUCUACUAUCUACAUUAUAGAUUUGGACCUAAAUCUGACAAGUGUAAGGAGGAUAGUUAUGGUAAGAUAAUAAUGUUCGUGAACUCCAUCAGCUACGUUUAUCGUUUAUCAUCGAUAUUAUCCCUUGCCACUAGUGAUAAGGUCAAUGUAUGUGGUCUACACUCUGAUCUUAAACAGAAGGAUCGACUGAAGAAAUUAGAGAAGUUCAGGAAUUCCUCAUGUGGUGUACUGGUAACGACUGAUCUAUCUGCUAGAGGUUUGGAUCUACCCGAUGUUGAUACUGUUAUUCAUGUCAACUGCCCCAGAGUAUUAGAGUUAUUUAUUCAUAGGUCGGGGCGUACAGCUAGAGCUGGACGUAAGGGUACUUGCAUAAUAAUAAGGACACCAUGUGAAGAUGGAGCAUGGAGGAGGACUCUAGAUGCAGUGAAUAUUACACCACAUGAUAUUACAGUGAAUAGCAGGGAUAUAGCCUUCAUGAAGCAUUUAUUGAUGGUGGUUAAUGAUUAUGAAGGAGCACAACAUAGAGAGCAAAGGGAUAAUAAAGAGAGAGCAUGGAUGAAGAAAAUGGCAUUAGAUGCUGAUCUACCUUUUAGUGACGAUGAUAAUAACCAAGAUGACAAUGACGAUGACGAUGAUGAUGAUUGGGAUAAUGUAAACCAACGUGCAAUAUCAUCCUCAUCAUCAUCAUCAAAGAGAUCCAAACAGCUAUCAGAAAUCAAGGAUCUUAUAGCCACCCCUUUACCCACUCUACAAACACGCUAGUCACUCUG